UCUGGCUGACAGAGGGCAGUAGUGGUACAGGUGACCUUGGCCAGACAGGGUUCAGUCAUGCAGGUUUCUAAGGUAAACGCCCUGGAUUAUGAGGAAUUUAUUGAAGUGUUCGGCAACGUGAUUGAGCAUUGUCCCUUGUGUGCCGCCGCAGUGUGGAAACAUCGACCGUUCAGCGACGUGAGGCACUUACACGAGGAGAUCUGCAGAUUUAUUGAUGAUCUUCCCGUGGCAGGACGGGAAGGCAUCCUCCGUUGUCACCCAGACCUGGCUGGGAGGCUGGCGAGGGCAGGCCAACUCACGAAGGAGUCCAAGAGGGAGCAAGAAGCCGCCGGUGUUACCAGCCUGACCCCAGAGGAGAGCCAACGCCUGGACAGCAUGAACCACAGUUACCGCGAGAAGUUUGGCUUCCCGUUCGUGAUCUGCGCCCGCAGGAACAAGAAGGAAGCCAUCUUGGAGGGUCUCAGGACGCGCCUGAACAACUCUCUCGAAGCGGAGGUGGAGAAGGGCAUCAUGGAGGUGAAAAACAUCUGUUAUCUGCGCCUUUUGGACCUGGUGGACCACGAGGGUGUAGAGAGCAGACUGUGACUGGAGUAGACUGGGAAGGCCCUGUAGAACGCGCUGCUGAUGGAGGCUGCUGAAGACCCCUGUGUUUUCGUACUAGUAGACACCAUUGAAAAUAAAUGCACGCUAGAAUCUCGCAGUGCAGCUGAGGAUAUCAGCACUAACACAGAGGAUAACUAACAGAGUAGAGGAUACUUACAAUAAUACUGAGGAUACUUGCAAUACCACUGAGAAUGCAUGCAGCACCAUUAAGGAUGCCUGUAACAAUUGAGAAUAGCUGUAAUACUAUUGUGGAUACCUGCAGUACCACUGAGGCUUACUAAUAUAACCGAGAUACCUGUGACACUUGAGAAUAAAUGCAAUGUGGAUACAUACAGCACUAUUGAAGUUAGCGAAGAUUUUAUUGAGUAUGCCCGGUACAUCACUGCGGAUAUCUGUAGCACCACUGAGGAUAUCAGUUUAACCCCAAAUAUGGGAUUAAACUCUUACGCAUAUACACUGUUGUUAUUCGUGUACACGCAUCAAGCGAGAUAAGCACAUAAUAUAUACCAAGUGUAUUUAAGUAAAGAGGCAACGACUGCAAAUAUGAUAAUAAAAGUCACUUGAAACACACUGAUACAAGCAAAAACGACCUAAUCAAUCCAUUAAUGAAACACAAAAAUUUUUACUUAUUAUUGGUUCAGCUACUGAAUAGAAAAAGCAUAAUGCAAAUAAUAAUAAAAUAAUAAUAAUAAUAAUAAUAAUAAUAAUAAUAAUAAUAAUAAUUAUUAUUAUUAUAUUAUUAUUAUUAUUAAGAAUAAAGUAAUUCUACUACUACUAACAAUAAUAACAAUGAAAAUAAUAAUAUUAAGAAUAAAGUAAUUCUACUAACACAAUAAUAAUAAUAACGGAACUAAAAAGAGUGAAUAUACACCGAGAAACAGACACUUCUACAAGUAUCUACAAUGAUAGACACACACCUCAGGGUAUAUAUACCACUGAUAAAUAAUAAGCACUGUCUCUGCCAGGGUUUUUAACUCGAUGAUAACCUGUUCUGUGGCUUAGCACCUCCUGACCUAUCCCGGCUAGAUAUUUACACCCCUUUUUUAAAACAUAACAUUGUAUCCUAAGAUAUUCCACUUACUUUUGUCCUGAAGACACUUUCUUACUUAUAAAUAUAUCUCCAAUACA